AUGAAGGGAGCUCUCGUGGUGAGCUGCGUGGUGUUGUUCCUGGCGGUCUGCGCCGCUCGGAACCUGCGAGAGAAGCGCGACGCCGACCUCGAGACCGCCGCCUCGCACCACGAGAAGGGCGGCGGCAAGGAACACCAUCACCACCACCACCACGAACACGGCGGCAAGGGACACAAGGGUUACCACGGCCACCAUCACCACGAGCACGGCAAAAAGGGACACCACCACCACGAGGGACACAAGGGCCACCAUGGCGAACACGGCGGACACAAGAAACACCACCACCACGACGAGGGGCAUCAUCAUCACCACCACCACGGCGAGAAGGGUGAGAAGGGCCACGGCUUUGAAGAAAAAGGUCAUUACCACAAGGGGCAUUCGACGAAAGGCCACCACGGUGUGCAUAAGGUAGACGAAUUCAAGAAAGACAAACACUUCCAUGACAAAUGGGGAGAGAAGGGAUACGAAGAAGGUCACGGUGGACACCAUCACGAGCAUGGUCACAAGAAGGGUGGUCACUUCCAUCACGGGCACAAGAAGGGCGGCCACCACGAGCACCACCACGGGCACAAGGGCCACCACGAGAAGGGCGGCCACCACCACGAACAUAAAGGACACCAUGACGAGGGCGGCCAUCACGAGCAUCAUCAUCAUCAUCACGACCACGGGAAGAAGGGCGGCCAUGAGGACCACAAGCACUGGGGAUACAAGAAAGGCCACUAA